AUGAUCAAAUCAUGGAUCAUACUCGCUGCAAUAGCAUCACAAGCAGCUCAUGCUGUAAAUUACAUAUCGCUGGCUUCAGUCAAGGAUACGACCUACCAGAUAUCCGUGUUAAAUACCAAUGGAUCGCUGCCAAAAACAAACACAUUAGCUCCACAGGGAUUUGUUGGCUUUUCUUUGGAGUGGCAGUUGGUGAAUAAGAGCUUAGUGAUCUCUCUUGGUGAAGUAUUUCUAACGCCAUUCAUUAUCGUCUACUAUUACUAUGAACCAUCAUCAGGCAACGUAAACACAACAACAAGCCUCACAGACAUAAACCCAACAAUCGCAAACUUGUAUAAAGUCUUACAACCGAGAGCUAAACAGCUAUCAGGCGAAUCUCGGCCUCUGUUACGUAUCGGAGGCAAUUCAGCUACCAAACUGGGAUGGGGACAAUCUGCAUUCGCACAACCACAGCCAUUUGGAGCACCACUGGGAGUCACGAUAUAUCCUGGUGAUCUUCAGCUGUUGAAUCAGUUUGCGACAGAGACUGGAUAUGGACUUAUUCUGGAUGUGUCAAUGUUGGACAAAACUCCAGAUCGCAUGCUAGAAUUUGUAAAGGAUGGAAUCAUGACUUAUAUUGAUCCACGGAAUCUGUGGUCUGUGCAAUUGGGUAAUGAGCCAGAUAACUGGGUAAUCAUCUACUACCGGCCGGCAGGCUGGCAAUUCAAUCCAGACUAUCUCUCAGAAUACAAGAAUUACUCUUCAGCUAUAUCAUCCCUCAUGUCUACAUACACGGAUAGCAAUACCUUCGCAGGAGGAUUUGGUGGCAUGCAAGUUUACCUGCCACAAUGGAUUGGAUAUCUACCGCAGUUUGUGAAUUCUGAACCGACAGGAUUGGUUGGUUCUUUAGCCUUCCAUAGGUAUCCAUUAACGAACUGUGCUUCAGACCCAGCUGGAAGGCAGGCGGCUACUAUACAAGGCGUACUCAAUGACCCGGGAGAAAACGGACUGGAUCUAUUCAAUCCAGUCGUCGCAGCUGCAAAGAAAGCAGGGAUACCAGCAUAUUGCGGUGAAUGUGGUGUGGCCUCGUGUAGUGGACUCUCUGGAGUAUCUGAUACCUAUGCGACUGCUCUAUGGGGAGUUGACAUGUUGCUUGAUUUUGCAUUGCGUGGAAUUUCCAAAGUGCUGAUUGCAGAUCCACGUGGUGCAAGUAACGCUAUAGCUACGAAUGUUGCACCUAAUGGGCCAUUCAUAUAUGAUACGACGAUUAUGCAGCUUCAAGUUCGGCCAUUGUUUUAUGCUAUGGUCCUAGUAUCAGACCUCCUCUCAAGCGUAACCUCCACCGUCUUCCGCCCAAUAUCAUUCACACAGUCCACGCCGCUAAACAUGCGGGCAUUCGCAAUCUACGACUCGACAAACACGAGCGUCACGACCAUCAUCAUAAACAAGGACAUGAACGCCCCAGCCACCAUAUCAGUCACACUAUCACUCGGCAUAUCGUCCAAUACAACAGCACCACCACCUCCAGCAACGAUAACACGCCUACGAGGACCCAGCGCAGCAUCCACAGACGGAGUCACACUGGCAAACCAGACGUUUGAUGGGAGUGAUCAUGGGUAUAUAUAUGGGAACAAGGUUGUGCAGAGUGUGGUGGCGAAUGCUGAUGGGACGUAUACCGUGACUGUGGAUAAAUUGAGUGUUGUGGUUGUAAAGGUCGCGGUGCCGAGUAAUGUGGUGCCGCCGUCCAGUGCCGGUGGGUCUACUAAUGUAAAGUCGUCGGCGGGUGUUAUUAGAGCUCAUGUUGGACGUGCCUCAUCAUAUAUAAUCAUCAGUUUCUUGUUUAUCGGUAUUGUUGGAAUUUUGGUUUGA